AUGGCGUCUGCUUUCGUGGUGCCGCAAGCCGGCCAUGCCGCGGUGUCUGCGGUGACUCGCGCUCCGAGCGCCACUGCGGUUGGGCGAGCCGAGUAUGGCGUGGCACUGGGAUCUGUGCUGCUGCUGGCAGCCCGCAGGAUGCACCGAGGGGCAGACCUCCGGAUGCACCCGCGGCGCAUGGCACGUCGCGCAGUGAAGGAAAGGGAGGACCAGAAGACGUUGGAGAAGUUCUGGGAGACGGUCCUCGCGAACCGCCCCCCGCGCAAUGAGGACACGGGGCCCUUGACGCGGCUCGGCUCGGUCUUGGCGUACCUGCUGCCCCUCACAGAUGCCCUGCGCUUCGGCAUGUUCCUCUUUGUUUCCUUCCCAGUGAUCCAGCCACUGCUGGACUUGCUGGUGGUGCCAGCGCUGUUCAUCAACGGCUUGCCCUUCGGCCUGGGCUACUUGACGCUCUUCAUUACCAUGCAGGCCGUGGCGGCCAACCGCCAAGUGCCCGCGCUGCUGCGCUACAACCUGCGCCAGGCCAUCACGCUGAACGUGUUUCUGGUCUUCAUGAGCCUCUUUGGGGAUGCCUUGAAGAUUCUCUCCGGCGCGGCCUUCGGUUGGCCGGUCCCGUUGGACAUCGCCAUUGGACUGAGCACGGGGAUCUACCUCCUGGUCACGGGGUGCUGCCUCUACUCCAUCGCCUGCAGCCUGGCCGGGCGCUACCCGCGGGGCCUGGGGCCAGUCUCGGAAGCGGCGGAGCUGCAGCUCAUGGACACCCAGGGCGACACGUUCUUCGUCACCUUCUUCAAGGACAAGCCGGAGGAGUGA